CUCCUCCUCCUCUUCUCUUCUUCUCUCUUUUUUUUAACGGCAGCUGUCAACGAAAGAACGAGCGAACUAUCGCGAGACUACGAGGCAGCGAGCGAGAAGAAACGUUGUUCAGGGCAAGGCGAAUAGCAAUAUUCAUAUUUAGCAACAACAACAACCUUUCUCACCAACAAUCAUUGCUCCGUUAUGUAGAGCGGAAGGACGACGAAGUGUGAGCCACGUUCCACCACCAGAGACGCGGAGGGAAACCUCGGACUGUGAUGUGCAGGAUGCGUUCCUCUGGAUGUCUGCCAGUCGGGGCCGAGCUUGUGAACGACCUCCGACCUCCAGCUGCCUGAGGCCCAUGAAAGUAUUCACAAAAUAAUGUAGCGGAGCCUCGUUCAACCGCCAUCUUUUGCUGGUCCGGUGCAUUUCAAGUCUUGGUUUCUCUCGAUGGGGCAGAGCUCAACUCUUCAGUUCACACUCGUUUAUAAGUUAUUAGACCAAUGUGACCCCCCCCCCCUCCCCCCUCCAGCUGUGCCCGUCUGUUUGAAGUGAUUUGAUCCACAUCGGGAUGAACGGCUCUCUUUUAACCCCGCCCAGCCCGCGGGCGGCCAGCUCCUCCCCUUUACCCCCCUCCCCCUCCCCGUCUCCGUCCCCUCCAUCUCCCUCCAUGCUGCCCCUGUCCCCCCGGCCCCCCCCUCUGCCCCCUCUGAUGAGCCCGCCCCCCCAGGCUCACCCGUCUUCCCUGUCGGACACCCCCACGCCAUCCCCCUCGCCGUGCCUGAGCUGGACCGAGUUCUGCGAGCUCCACGCCCGCGUCGCGGCCGGCGACUUUGCGCGCCACUUCCGGGCGUUCCUCCUGGAGAACCCCCACUACUCCCCAGAUUCGGCAGCCGCCUUCUGCCGGCGUUUCACCGACCGCUUCGUUCGCCACUUCCAGAGCGAGCUGGAGGGGGCGCUCCCGCUGAGCUGCGCUUCUGCGAUGGACGACAUGGCGAGCUGGGCUCCCCAGUCGGACGCUACCUCCCUGGAAGAGGAAGCGGUCUCACCCCUGUCUGCGUCAGGGGGGGCCGUCCUUCCGUGCCCCCCCCCGACCAACGCCACACGGCCGCUAUCGAAGCCGCCGCCGGCGCGGCUGGUGUUGGAGAACCGCUGCGGGGACAGGUUUCAAGAUUCCUACGCCCACAGCCAAGUGCUGCCUCCAUCUUCAUCGUCGUCGUGCUGCUCCUCGGUGGGAGGGAACAACGGGCGGCGCGAGGAGAGGGGCGCCGCGGUCGCUCCUGGGAACGGGGAAGCCCCCGUCGAGGAGGAGGAGGACAGCUGGUUGGGCGUGGCGUCCGUCGGGGGAGACGUGGAGCCAGAAGAGCAGGAAGCAGAGUCCGCGGAGGCGGACGACCCCUCCUACACGUCUCAGAUUCCCCCGGCCUCGCCGCCCGGCUCCAAAGGCAACGGCACGCCCAACUCCUCCAAAAACAAACUGAAGAAGCGCUUCUCUCUGCGCAGCGUGGGGCGCAGCGUGCGCGGCAGCGUGCGCGGCAUCCUGCACUGGCGCAGCUCGUCCAGCGACUCGGCCCAGAGCCCGCUGCCCUCCAGCUACAGCUACACCAUGGGUGUGCAGGACGCCGCCAUGCUGGCCACCUCUAAGAGGAACUCUGGCACGCAGCCUCCCACGCCCACCUCCUCCAUGCCCGUCUCCCUGUCCAUGCCCCUCUCCCUGCCUCACUCAUCCUCCUCCUCGCUGCCGCCCUCCUCCUCGAGCAGCGCCACCUCCCUGUCUCUCUCGGAGGCCGCUCGGGACCGCCGGCGAAGCAACGGCGAGGGAGGCGAGAAGGAGAAGUGGAGCCUUCGUCUGGAGAAGCUCAGACUGUCGCGCUCCCCGCCUCCCGUGCUCACCCUGACCAGCGCCGGCCCUCACUCCGCCUCCUCCACGCUGCCGCCGAGCAGCGCCUCCUCCGCCGCCGCGGGACCUCCGAGGAAGGUGGGCCGGCUGGUGAGGGAGGGCGGCGUGAGCGUCAGCUCGUCCACCGACGAGUUCGCCGGAAGCCACGGCUUCUCCGGCUUCUCCUUCGGCCUGCUGCAUCACGGCGCCGACAACAACAACUCGGCCGUGGCGGCCGCGGCCAGCCCGGUGCAGCCGCUGGCCAGCGGGGGCAACGUUCCCUGGAGAGGAGGGCGCUGGCACAAGUGUCGCCUGGUCCUCCGAGAGAGAGACCGAGAGGGGGGAGAGCGGGGGGAGGACUACUACCUGGAGUUCUUCAUUCCACCCAAAUCGUCGAAGCCCCGGCUGACCGUCCCCUGCUGCUCCAUGGGGGACGUGAGGAGCACCACGGCGCUGGAGGUCCCCGACAAGGAGAACACCUUCCUGCUGCAGCUGGAAGGGGCGGUGCAGUACGUGAUCGAGACGCGUGACGCCGUUCAGAUGAGAGCCUGGCUGAGCGACAUCAGGAACGGCAUCUGUCUCAGUGAGCAGGAGGACGCUGAAGGUGUGUCUUUGGGGCCGCUGGACAUCAGCGGGAUGCCUGAGAUGGUCGACCGUCUUUCACAAGUGUGUUACGGAGGCAUCGGAGGCUCCUCCCCUCUGAUGGAUCCUCUCCCACCAGAGUUGCCACCUCGAGCCCCUCUCGACGAACCAGACGGCCGGAUUCUCGGCGGAGGCGGAGUCAGCCUCGGCACACCUUUUGCUGAGACGCCAGACGCAACAGGCUCCUUCCUGUUCUCGGAGGUGACCCCUGCGGAGGCGGUGGAGCACCCGCUCAGCGAGUGUCAGUGGUUCCACGGCACCUUGUCCCGCCUCAAAGCCGCUCAGCUGGUGUUGGCUGGCGGCCCGGCGAGCCACGGCGUCUUCCUGGUUCGCCAGAGCGAGACGCGCCGCGGAGAAUACGUCCUCACCUUCAACUUCCAGGGCAAGGCCAAGCACCUCCGUCUCUCCCUGAACGAGGACGGUCAGUGCCGAGUGCAGCACCUCUGGUUCCAGUCCAUCUUCGACAUGUUGGAGCACUUCCGGGUGCACCCGAUCCCCCUGGAGUCCGGCGGCGCCUCCGACGUCACGCUCAUCAGCUUCGUGGGCGCCACCGCCGUUCGCCAGCCAGGCCGGGACAGGGCAGGCAGUCGGCCCACAGUCUGUGAUGUCAUCACCACGCGCCAUCCCGACUCUCCAUCAACCCCCAUCUCUGACUGUGUACUUGACCAGCAGACCCCGUAGCCCUCCUCAGCCGCCUCCUCCUCCGCUGCCGCCGGGCCGCCCGCCGCCCCCGUCGCCUCCCCAGGAGCGAGGAGGUGAGGCGGAGGAUGUGGCGGGAG